AUGCCGCUCGAGGAGCUGAGCGCCGCUGUGAAGGCAAAGGCUCACAUGGCGGUAGACAGCAACUGGACGGUGGAUGCUACAGUUCGGGUCCUCGCCCAACAAGGCCUCGAGGCCGCUUACAGGGCUUUCCAGGAGACCUUUGCGACUCCUCCACCGACCGGAGAAGAGGAGCUUGGCAAGCGGAUGCACCACUUCGGGACUAUGCUGCUGUACCUUUACUGGCAGCAGGAGGCCUUCGGUUAUAACGCCCUCUGGUGCAAUAAUCAUAUGGACCGUUUCCCCGAGGAGCUUGCCUGGGUGCUCGGUGAAGCGCGAUCGGCCACUGCCCCUGAAAGUCCGCCAGGAGAAGGAACGCAAGUUUGA